AUGACAAACGCCUUUAUGCACCAGAGCAAGGGUCAGACCGCGACCGCAGACGUUCACCAGCUCCCCGAGACGACCGACGCGACGGCCGAGAACGCAAGGAUGGAAGGCGAGAACGGAGCUGGUCUCGAGAUCGCCGCGACCGGGACCGACGAGACGGAGACAGAGAAGGGCGUGGGGCCCAGGACCGAAAGAGGAGCACCAGUCGGGAGCGCAACCAGGAUAGACGAGGUUGGUAAUGCACCCAAAAAUGUCAAGUUCCGUGAACGUUCGCGCUCCCGAUCUCCCCAUCGCAACGGCACAAGGGCCCGGUCACCUCCUCGAGGCCCCAAGAGUGACCGCAAAGACCCUCAGUCGCGAGAUGAUAGGCGGAAGGCAACUGGCGCACAACCAGGACCGGUUCGCCAUGAGGAUGAGAUGGAUGUGGACUUCAACGAAGAUGCGGACGAAGACGAAAUGGAAGCACAAAUGCGAAAGGCCAUGGGUUUCAGCAGGUUCCGGACUACAAAGAACACCAAAAUCCCCGGAAACAACAUAUACGGUGUGCGGAAGGAGAAGAAGAUCGAGUACCGACAGUACAUGAACCGCCAGGGCGGUUUCAACCGGCCUCUCAGUCCCUCGCGAUGA